AUGUUUUCAGCUCUCAUUUCCUUCGGAUUGGUGGCUCUACUCGGUUUAAUUUUCCGGCUCUACAAAACCCUAGUCGCCGAACCAGAUCUUCUACGGUCCAAGCUCCGAAAACAAGGGCUGUCUGGACCGCCCCCAUCUUUUCUCUUGGGAAAUAUAAAGGAGAUUCAGGUCGCCCUUUCUGCGGCCAAGUCAGCCUGCGUUCGUGGGAUCGCACCAAAAACGCACGAUUGUGCGUCGACACUGUUGCCGUUCUUAGAGAAAUGGAGGAAGUUGUAUGGAGAAGUCUUCAUGUUUUCGCUGGGGAAUAUUCAAAUAGUGCAUGUAACUCAACCGGAUAUGGUGAAAGAGAUAAGCACAUGCACGUCUAUUGAUCUUGGUAAACCAUCGUACCAGCAAAAGGAACGUGGUGCUCUUCUUGGCCAAGGUAUUCUUACUUCCAAUGGCACUUAUUGGGUUCAUCAGAGGAAAAUUAUUGCCCCGGAACUCUACAUGGACAAGGUCAAGGGAAUGACAGGUGUAAUUACAAACUCAGCUUUAACUCUAGUGAAGAAUUGGAGACAAAGGAUUGAGGCAUCAGAAGGAAAAGUGGCGGAAAUCAAAAUCGACAAUGACAUGAGGAGUUUUUCCGGCGACGUAAUCUCAAUGACGUGUUUCGGGAGCAAUUUCUCAAAAGGAAAAGAGAUUUUCAAGAAACUAAAAGCCCUUCAAGAUGCAACCUCAAAGAAAGGUCUCACAUGUGGAAUCCCGGGUUUGAGACAUAUUCCUACAAAACACAAUAGAUUGACAUGGGCAUUGGAUAAGGAGGUAAAGACUUUGAUACUAAAGGUUGUGAAAGAAAGAGUCCAAGGUUCAUACGAAAAGGAUUUGCUACAAAUGCUUUUAGAAGGAGCAAAGAACAAUGUUGAACUCAGCCAACCACAUGUAAUCGACAAAUUCAUCGUGGACAAUUGUAAGAACAUAUACCUAGCUGGAUACGAAACAACAGCUGUAUCCGCCGCCUGGUGCUUAAUGCUUUUGGCGGCGGACAAACAAUGGCAAGACAGAGUUCGAGCCGAGGUUGUUGAUGUUUGUCAUGGAAAAAACAACCUCGACUAUGACUCCGUCAAGAAGUUGAACCAAUUGAACAUGGUAAUUCAUGAGUGUCUUCGCCUCUACCCUCCUGUGGCCGUGGUGUCGCGUGAGGCUCUUAAGGACAUGAAAUUUGGAGACUUGAAUGUACCCAAGGGUGUGAAUCUAUGGGCAUUAGUGUUAACACUUCACACGGAUCCUGAAAUAUGGGGUCCUGAUUCAUUGGAAUUUAAACCUGAGCGGUUUACUAAUGGUAUAACCGGAGCUUGCAAGAUACCACAGUAUUACAUGCCAUUUGGGGUCGGGCCUCGUGUCUGUCUUGGACAGAACCUUGCUAUGGUAGAGCUUAAAAUACUCGUCGCGCUUAUUGUCUCCAACUUCUCCUUCUCUUUGUCUCCUAACUAUCUUCACUCACCGGCGCUAAACUUGGUUAUUGAGCCCGGUCAUGGGGUCGAUAUCUUAGUUAAGAAAUUAUGA